AUGCAUGUCUGUCUCUUACCCACCGAAACCCUACUGCACAUAUUCGCUAUCCUAGCACACGAGGAAAUCUUGCAAGAACCUGCUGCAGGUGUCACUGACAGAGACUUGCAAGGGAAGUUGACGCUCAAGAGACCUCUUAAACAGAGAGUGGAGGGAUAUGCACAACGUAUCCGCUCCUUAACGGUCUUCUACUCUGAUCUAGACACUAUAGAUGAUCGGGUCAUACAAACGUCGAUUUCUACGCCAUCACCCACACCACUUUUGCCGAACCUUCGCAGUUUGGGUUGGUGGGAUGACCGAGAAUGCUUUCUUCCGUUGUUGCGCACCGUCCUUGGGUCAACUAUCACGUCGGCCAGCUUGGGCUUUGGUUUAACAACCCAGUCUUUUGCCACAUCCGCUUUGUUAGCUUCCCUCGGCGCUCGAUGUCUAUCCAUUCAGGAACUCGAUUGUGUAUGUCGUGGGGAUUCUGAAGAAAGUUCAGAUGCAAAAUGUGAAGCUAUAUGUGGCUUGCGAGAGCUCCGCCGUCUUCGCAUUGGGGUUCUUAACACACAAGUGCUUCUCCACUUGAUUUCUUUACCAUCGUUGAAGUCUCUGGACUUCAGCCUGAGGACCUACGACAUUCACAAGAUGCAAACCAAUUCCCCUCCUACAUUUUCCUCCCAACUCAAUCAAGUGCACAUCACUGCACCGACACCUUCCGGCUUAAGUCACUUUCUCAGAAAUAUUUAUUUUCUCUCCUGUCGAUCAGUGAACGCGUGCGUCGAUUACAGUAAUUUGGACCCUGAACUAGCCGAAGACUUAGAGGUCCCGUAUGAUCCACCGGAUAUUCCAGACUUCAUUGUUUCGAUCUCGAAGUGCUUCUCUCCUGCUCUUGAGAAACUCCAAAUCGACUUCGACUACGAAUUCAGCACCCUUUUCGCACAAAACACACUUGCUAGUCCCAACUUUGCACUUGACUUUGACGUGGUUGCCCCCCGGCCCCCUUGCUGUCGUUUGGUCGCUUUACGAACUCACACCUCGAUUGGAUGUGCACUUCGGUCAUCAAUGAUGCCUCACUCAAGACAAUGGCGCAAUCCUGGCCUCAGCUCGAGAGGUUCCAGAUGGGAACUACAGCUCGUUGGCUGAUCCCGCCUUCUCUCACCUUCAUAGAACCCGUCUACCCCAUA